AUGAAUUUCGAUCCUAUUCGAUCGACUUACAGCGGUAAAUGUCAGCUUUCAAAGAUCAUAGUGGAUCAUGUGAUGCCUAAAGUGAUAAAAUGGUUAACUGGAAACCGACUGCAUGAUAUAAUGGAAGGAUUUAAGGCAUUCCAAGGAUUUCCAAGCCUUAUUAGGACAUUAGAUUCCACCCAUGUACCAUGCACCACUAUUUAUAGCACAUUCCUUCGUGUUUUGAUCAGUGUGAAUAUUCAUAUGUCUGCAUUUAACAUGGUUUCAGGAAAGUUAACCAACCAAAGCACAAUUUUGACUUUAAAUCAUUACUAA